AGCGCGACUCUCUGAUAACGGCACUCUACCCCCAUCAUAAGGCUCUGGAGCUGGAAAACAAAGACUCGACCCUGCAAGAAUCAAGCGUCGCAUUGAUACGAUGACGAGUAGCGACCAACGGAGCGAACAAUGGGGACAAUGAAUGGUUGUUUGUGCUUAUUUGUGGUUUACCCAUUGGGAAUCUCUUUUGUUCCCGAAACGGCAAUCCUUUUGUGCGUUGGGCCAUUGAGAAAACAAUGCUUUUGCCUGUCAAUGGGUACGUGAAUAGACCGAAGAGAUUAUAAACAUCGAUCCUCAUCCUGGGAUGGGUCGUUGUUUUUCUCUUUUCCCUUCCGCGACUGGGAAUCAGACUUUCCCCCCUUGACCUAUUAUUAUGAACCCGAGCACGAAAUCUGCAUACCACAACGAACCAAUGCUGAAAAGACAAGCACGUAUACGCCCACGCCGAGAUCUCCAAGCUUCCACAUCGGCUGCACCACUGUCGAUGAUUCUAGAGGAGGACGAUGCAGCCAAUCUAAGCAGCUCCAGCGCUUCGAGCGCUACCAAAGACUUGAAGUCACGGAGGCGACGGGCAAAUAUCAUUUCAGACCCCUUCCAUCUUACCUUCACCCAAGUGACCUAUCCAUUCCCCCAUCCUCCAGUUCCUACUCCAAGCUCGAUGCCCCCUUCCAUAUGCCCACCUUCACCAGGUUCAUCUUCGCCUUCCACGAGCGCCACCCCUUCUCCCUAUUCAAGUCCUCGAUCUCACACCACUAGUCUCCCUACGUCCCCGGAAGCUUCCUCUUCGGAAGACGACGACGACGACGUUUUCUCAUACCCUGCGACUAAGCCUCUCGUCAUUAACAAAAUCCACCGCCGACUCCACAAGAAAAUCAGCUGUGAGGAGUUGAGUGGCAACCUGGACGAGGACUACGAGUACUACACGCAGGAAUUCAACAAGAUCAUUUCCCUUUCAUCGCUUUACGCGCCUGUCCACUCCCAAAGUUCCGCGUCGCGACCCGAAUCUGGUUGUGCGCUUCCCAGCACCCAGAAAACGCGUCCCAAGUCUCUCACCAUCGUCCGCCCACCUCCCCGCACCUCCUUACCCGUACCUGCUGAGGCUGACGAGGACGGCGCCGACGUGCUACUCUACUACCUCGAAGGCAUCUCCCUCAGCUCAGGCAGCCACUACUCCGCGUCGGAGUCAAGUUCUCCAUCCCCAGCACCCGAAGACGAUAUCUCAUCCAAUGUCUCACUCGUCGACUUCGCCUUCGACCUGGACUCGUCUACCAACCUUCGUUUUCCUCUUUCCCUCCCCUGCUCGCCCAUUGACUUGGAAGCAGACAUCCAGGGUGGUCUUGAAGAGCUCCGUGCAAAGGAGGAGGAGAUUUCUGCCCAGCCUUCGUCCAAUGAGCAGUCCUUCGGCGAGGGAGAACAGCCAUACUACCCAGCCGAGCUCGAGGACGGGCGGGUGCUCCGGAGCAGGUUUAGUACCUCUACUCUGGGCUCCGUGAAAGAAGAACGUUCCCCGGGCCCAACCCUGGUCAAGCGCGUGUUGCCGUACUUCAAGGGAGGAAAGGAUAAGACCAAGCGGAGUCCUAGCGGGAGGAAGCGUGGAAAUCCUUUCCGAAGUAGCGUCGACUCUCCGACCAACUCGGUGUUCUCACCGACUGCCUCUUGGUUCUCGCAGAUUGAUGCUCCAUCAUUGAAGCGGAGAACGAGUACGAGCACUACCGGUAGCGGAACUAGUGCUGAGAGUACGAGUAGUUCCGGUUUGAGGAGGAAGCCAAUUCCUAUCGAGAUGUUUUUGAGGGCUUGAUGCUCUUGUUCUUGCCAUGAUGACAGUUUAUGAUAUUUUAUGCGCUCCGCUAAUUAUUUGUUUGCAAACGUGCAUCUCUUUGUAGCCUUAGAACUCAUUCG